AUGGAGCUGAUGGUCAAUUCUCAAUUGGCGACGUCGAAGUACGGUACUACUUUCCAACAAGCUACCGAAACCCUGAGCAAUCAAUACUUCACAACAAUCCCUCAUGUUUUCGGUCGCGAACGCCCUCCAGUUCUAUCUACGGGCGAUCAGGCCAAGAAGGAGCUUGAUUUGAUGUUAACUUUGGCUGAUAUGUAUAUCGCAAACGAGAUUAUGAAACAAGCCUCAGCCGUGGUUGGGGUCAACCCGCUCGAUCAACGUUUCAAGGGAUUGGGAAUGAAAGAGAUGAGUCUAUUAAACCUGAGUAUCGAAGUGGAUCACAAGUCCUUAGAAUUCCAAGAGCUUUUAGAUUACCUCAAGAAUUCAUCUGGAGCCACCCAUCGUAUCCACUACAAGGUCAUUGAUAUUUUCCGGAUCGAACGAAAUGGGGAGGAGGACCGAUUCAAUUCUUCCAUAUAUGCCAAUCUCAAAAGCCAAAAUCGCCGUCUCUUAUGGCAUGGCAGUCGCUCCACGAAUUUCGGUGGUAUUCUCAGCGAAGGUUUGCGCAUCGCCCCUUCAGAGGCACCGGCUAGCGGAUACAUGUUUGGAAAGGGAGUAUAUCUAGCAGACACAUCAACCAAGUCUGCCAACUAUUGCUACUCGCACAGCAGUGGCAAUAUGGGCCUGCUUUUGCUCUGUGAUGCAGAGCUUGGAGAUCCAAUGCAUGAAAUCUACCAUUCCGACUUCAACGCAGGUGAACAUGCAAAGAAAGCCGGCAAAAUAGCUACCCUCGGUCGAGGACGAGCGAUUCCGGGUGAUUGGAAAAAUGCUGGCUCUUUCAAUACGGCACUGGAAGGUGUGAGGAUGCCCAAUGUUAGGUCCAAAGUAGUCGAAGACGACAAGGCCAGUCUCAUGUACAAUGAAUACGUUGUAUACGAUGUCGCUCAGAUUCGUCAGCGGUAUUUGUUCUUUGUCAAAAUGUAA